CUCACAUGAUGGAGCUGAAUGUAAUCAAGGAAAUCUGCUGUUUGACCUGCAGUGCACUGAGAGGGAGGGACAGUUUUAAUGAGUCAUGUUGUAUAACUAGGCUGAAGUUACUUCACUUGGCUGGAGUUACCGGCACUGACAGCACAGUGUGAUGAUGGCGGCCAUAGAGGAUCCUCCGUUCUCUCUGCUGAGUCUGGAGGAUGAGCUGACCUGCAGCAUCUGUCUGAGCCCCUUCGACUGUCCGGUCACCAUCCCAUGUGGACACAACUUCUGCCAGGACUGUCUGCUGACCACCUGGACGGACUCCUACAGCUGCCCUCAGUGUCGGACCCUGUUCGCCACCAGGCCGGAGCUGAAGAAGAACACGGUCCUCAGCACCGUGGUGGAAACGUUCAGGAGCCGAGCUGGAGGUCCGAAGGAAGAGCUGAGCGGAGCCGAGGAGGAGAAGAAGAAGGAGAUGAAGGUCUGCUGCGACACGUGUAUGGAGGCGGAGGCGGCGCAGACCUGCCUCACCUGUAUGGCCUCUUUCUGCGAGGAGCACCUGCGGCCUCACCGGGAGAAUCCCACCUUCCGGGUCCACCAGCUGAGCGAGCCUGUGGGCGACCUGACGGAGCGCAUCUGCCCCGAUCACCACAAGCUGAUGGAGCUGUUCUGCAGCCAGCACGGCCGUCCGAUCUGCAGCCUCUGUCUGCAGCAGGUCCACAGAGGAUGUUCCUUCAGGAGCCCGGAGGAGCAGCGGAGCCUCCUGGAGUCGGGCUUCAGAGACAAGUUGGCUUUGCUGAAUGAUAAGAUUGAGAAAACCGAGACGGCGAUGAGUCAGUUAAACGAGGCUCAGAACAACCUGAAGGAUGCAGCAGCCAAAAGAAAGGCAGCUCUGUCAGCUUUGUAUCAGCAGAUUCAGGACAUGUUGGCUCUGGAUGAACGAGAGGCCCAACAUGAGGUCGACUGUGAGCUGGAGGCCGGUCAGACGAAGCUCCGGGACCUGAUGAAGAGGUACACUGAGAACAAUAAGAAGAUGAGAAAAGCCAGAGAAGAUAUCAACAGCCUGCUGAGUCGAUCCCACACCUCGGCUUUCCUACAGGCUUCAUUCAACUUGCCUAAAGUUGUAAAGUCUGAGCCUCACGUACCGCGAAUUAACCUGGACUCCAAGAAGGUGACGGCUGCAGAGACUUUUGCUGCUAAGCUGAAGGAAAAUCUGACGGAGAUUUUUAAGCAGCCCGCAGAGACCAGAUUAGCUUUAACUAAAGAAGAACUGAACCCCAGAAAUGUAGCAUCUGGUGAAAAAGCAGCUCCUGCCUCAGGAACUGCGACGAAAUAUCCUGGAUCCCAGCCUGAAUCUGAGCUUUCAAAGCAGAAACAUCGGAGCAGGUCCCAAAGUCCAGGUCGCCCUCCCAUCCGGCCAGUCUUCCAGCCAGUUUUUAUACCGAGUUCUUCCUACAUGGGGCCUCUGAUGGGCUGGAGUCAAUCCCAGUACCCUCAGUUCCAGUCACCAGGCUCUCCAUUUCUCACAGCACAAAUGACAAAACAAGAUAAAAAGCCGCCCAGUGCUCCAGGAGGAAAUAAGCCAGCUGGGAAAGAUAAACCCAGAAACCAUCCACCUUCAGCACAACAUCCACGUCCCGAUUUGUAGAAGCAGCAGCAUUUUGCGUUUAUUUCUGCAGUCCUGCCACAUGGAGGCACUGUGGGAUUCAUGCAUUAUAUUAUUAAUGACUUAAUGCCACUAUUCUACUGCUUAAACCUCGUGUUGUUCUGCAGGUCAAAACUGACCCAUUUGAAAGUUUGAAAAUGUGGAAAAAAACUAUAUUUUCACAAUGAAACUUCUGAUGUCUACAUUUUCAACAUUUUCGAGAAAUGUUUGAAUAUUUUUUGGUGGAAAAAAAGAAAUGUUAAAAAUGUUUCUUAAGAACUUUCAGAAAAAUAAUCAACCAAAUUCCAGCAAAUUUCACUCGAUUUUGGUUGAUUUUUUUUUGUGAAUGUUCUUAAAAAAAAUUAGAUGUUUUACUGAUAUAUAUGUAAUCACUUUAGAUAUUUUUAGGAUUUUUUGGGGGGUGAGAUUUUUACAAAUUUUUUGAAAAUAUUUACAAGAAUUUUCUUGCCAGAUUGGUGCCUGUAAAUGAAGACAACAGCACGGUUAAACCUCUGAAUUCUAAUAAAAUGGUAAAAUGGCACUAUUUACUAGAGCCAGAAACUA